ACCUUCACGAACGCACGCUGCCAGACGGUCUCGUAAACAGAAGUAAAAUUUUCCUCUAAAGUGUCUUUUCCAACUGCGAUUUUAUCCUUAUUUCUAAAUACAGAACGAUGAAAGUAACGGUGAAAAUAUUACAGGGGAGUGAGUGUAAUCUAGAGGUAUCUGGAACUACUAGAAUUCGUGAUCUAAAGGAUAAAGUUGAAAUAAUCCUUAAUGUAUCACCAAGCGCGCAGAGACUUGUAUUUAGAGGGAAAACACUGACAGAUGAGACCUCCCUAGAAGAAGCAGGCAUAACUGAUGGAGCGAAGAUUCAUCUCAUGGUCAAAAAGGGAGAGUUGUCAUCUCCGUCCCUAGGUGCAAGCUCUUCGAAUAGUGUAUCAUCCACUCCCACUGUUGAUUUCUUCGCACAGUUAGACACCUUUCUUCGGAAACAUUUAACUCAAGAACAGACCACGCAGGUUGUCAACGAGUUCAGAAAGAAUUGCCAAUUAAUGGUGGACAGUAUGAACUUCGACGACAUUGAAAGAUUCGCAGCAAGUAACUUCACAGAAUUUUAAUUAGGAACAUUUUUUAUAGUUCAUUUUUUUGUGAAGGGAGUGCUGAUUUCAUAUCAAUGAACACAGUGUGAUCAGUGUAUCAUAUUGAAAAGCCGUUUUUGUAACAGUAUGAUAUAUGUUACUGAGAAGUUCUAGUGUAUCUCUGAAUCACAAUGUAUGUAAUGCUGGUUUAUUUUCUGGAAAAAAGGAGAAAAGACCAUGAAUAUUUUUUCAUUAUUGUAAUCAGUUGUAUUCAUUUGUGUCAUUUGAAGUGAUUUCAUUUUCUCCAAGUGUUAUUGUGUGAAUGUUUGUGCAGUCGUGUAGAACCAUGUACCAAACUUGCCUCUUCCUAAGUGUAUUAGGGCCAUUGAUAGUAUAUGUAAGUAAAAUGCAGUAAAAGCUUUGUUUUCAGAUAAUAUUAAUAAAGUGCAAAUUUUGUAUGAUAUUUAGGAGGAAUGUUUUUAAAGAUAAUGCUUAGCUUUAAAAGAGUAAACCAAUCUGUGGUGGCUGACACUAUGAUUGUUCAAGCAGGGUAAGAGAUAUAAUUGAAUGUUUAUUGGUUAAAAAGCAAAAUAUAUGUGCUAGACAUCAAAGAAAUAAUUGAAGCAUUGUUGCGAAUUGUGAUUACAUGUAGAAUUAUACAUUGGAAGAAGGAUAUUUUUUUUCCAGAAUAUCUUUUAUGGUCUAAUUAUGUAACUGCCACAAUGCAUAGAUGAAAGUAGCAAGUUUGAGA